AUGACUGAAGUAGUGGAGUGGUACACAAGCGCGAACGCCGCUUUCCUGAGCCAUCUCACCAAGGAGAUCAAAGAUACGGACAGCAGCACUAUAUGGCGGUAUUUAGUGGGCUUCAAGAAUUUAUUACGAAGCAUCGAAUGUAAAGGCAUAGCUUCUGUACUGGGCAUAAAUUACUAUGCCAGAGGAUCUUUGCAGUCUAGAGCUCACGAAAGGUACAUAGCUCACAUGGUACUCGGCAGGGAUCUUCUGGAUAAUACGCUGAACUUGGUGCCGUCGCUGAUACCUCUUCAUAAGGAUAUCAAAGAAGACAGUCCGGAGUACCAAGUCUUGGAGAAGAAGAAUCAGCAGAUUGUGGACAACAGGCACCAAGCAGGGAGCGUUAGUGAUGCCAUAGAGUACUUCGACCAGACAGCAACGCUGCUGGACAAGCUGAGAGCUGUGCAGAAGCAACUCAGAGAGUUGAUAAGAGACGGUGUAAAUGAAAGUCUCCGUGAAGCCCGGCGGAGCGAAGCUGUGUGCGCCGCCAUUUUGAUUCUAGUGUGCGUGGUGUCUCCCAUCAUCAUUGCUUUGGUCACCAACGCUGUUAACACUAUACAGGUAUAUGCUAGAAACCUAUCGGAAAAGGCGCGUGAGCUGGAAUAUGAGAAGGAGCUUAGCGACUCCCUUUUAUACCAAAUGCUUCCCGCGAGCGUAGCGAAGCAACUCAAACAGACGCAACAGGUACCAGCCGAGUUCUUCGCCUCGGUCACCGUAUAUUUUAGCGACAUAGUGGGUUUCACUGCUAUCGCAGCAGUAUCUACGCCUUAUCAGGUGAUAAGUUUCCUCAACUCUGUGUACAAGUUGUUCGACGAACGUAUAGAAUGUUACGACGUUUACAAGAUUGAGACUAUAGGGGACUCUUACAUGGUCGCCUCGGGGUUGCCGGUUCGAAAUGGUAACAAACACGCCACAGAAAUAGCGAGCAUGGCGUUAGAGCUUCUAGAAGCAACGGCCAUGUGCAGACUCCCGCACCGACCCGAUCAGACUUUAUGCAUGAGAAGUGGAAUACACACUGGCCCGUGCGUGGCCGGCAUUGUCGGCAGUAAGAUGCCAAGAUACUGCCUCUUCGGAGACACCAUCAACACAGCCAGCAGGAUGGAGAGCACUGGUGAACCUAUGAAAAUCCAGAUUUCGGAAGAUGUUAAGAAAGCUUUAGACAAAUCAGGAAAAUUUGUCACGACUCCCAGAGGCGUAGUUGAUGUUAAGGGGAAAGGAGAAAUGAUGACAUACUGGCUGGAGGGUCGAACGGGUCCUUCCCCCGUCAGACCCACCACAGCUUCCCUGGACUGCACGCCUAGCUUUCUCACCAGGAUUCACUCGCAAAAGAGACAGACUUCACCCAGAUACCAGCCUGAUUCGAAGAGAAAUUAUUAAUAGUAGAUUAAAGAUAGUUAUAUGAAUUUAUGUAAAUAUCGGAAUGGUUCAAUCAUUACUAUUAAUAAAUACCGGGGGAUAAUAUUUGCCUGGGGCAUUGAUCUCAAGGAAUUUCCAAAAUUCCUUUCUUAGCAGAUAAAAUCUUACAUUUUGUGCACCAAACACAGAUGUUCAUUCAAGAAAAAUAUUAUAGAAAGUUAUAGGUCAGUUAUAUGUUUUACAAAAUUUCGAAAGACUAUAGUGCCAUAAAAUCAAAAAUUUUCAGAACAUUAUUACUAUUACAAUGAGUCGUCUGACUUAUCCAAUCCAAUGGCUUCUUGCCAGGGGAGGUGAGAAUGCUGGGGCUAAUUGCCAGGGGAAAAAAGAUGAAGAAUGUGUCCUAUUUUUGUGAGAAUUGAAGUCUUCAUCUGAUCAUAUAUCUUUAGAAUGCUUGAAUGUUUGCAAUUUUGUCUUUUGACGGCUAUUUUAGUCCUAUUGGACGUAUAAUAAUAAAAAAUACACUUAAUUAUACGAAAUAAAUGUAUUGAAUGUUAGAAAUGAAUUAAUAUUUAUAAGACUGGCAGUCAAUAAUCGGCCUACUAUUUUUUACUGUCUUUAUUUUUUCAAAUUCUAUUUUCCAAAACCUACCUGCCUAGAUUAUUAAAAAGAAAUCAUUUUUUUAUACGAGUAUAGUAAAUGCUGAGAGAUUUGUUAAAAACUGUAAUUUUGUGCAUGAAAAGCCAUGAUAAAAAUACUUAAUUGUUAUUGUAGUUUAUUAUUUUUUUUACUUUUGAAGUACUGCACUUUGUGAAUCUUUUAUAAAUGUGUUAAUAAUAAAACUA